CACAAACAAACUAAAGGGAGAGAUCAGAUUGUCUAAAUUACCAUCAUGGAUUCAUCAAAGGUUGGGAAUGGCAUGAGAGUGAUGAUGUUCCCAUGGUUGGCUGUAGGACACAUCACGCCAUACUUGGAGCUCGCCAAAAAAUUAUCCGACAGAGGCUUUUCUGUCCUCCUAUGUUCCACCCCAAUUAACUUUAGUUUCAUCAAAAACAAAAUCCCCCAGAAAUACUCCUCUUCAAUCCAGCUAGUGGAACUUCAUUUACCUGAAUUACCAGAACUCCCUCUUCAAUACCACACCACCAAUGGCCUCCCACUCCAUCUCAACUCCACCCUCCAAAAAGCCCUCACCAUGGCCGAGCCCACUUUCUCCGAUAUCGUGGGAACCAUGAAACCAGACUUGCUGAUCUAUGACAUUUUGCAGCUAUGGGCAGGAAGAGUAGCCAAAUCACACAAUGUCCCGGCCGUCCUAUUCAUGACGUGUGGUGCCGCCAUAUGUUCCUACAUCUUCCAUGCAUUAUGCCGUCCGAACGUGGAGUACCCUUUUCCGGAAAUCUCUCUUAGUAUCUACGACCAAGAGAGGUUUCAGAAGAUGAUGGGCCACGAAAGAAGCAGCAAUAGUAGUAGAAUAAUGGACAAUAACAUGAUUUUGUUGAGUACCUCCAAAGAAAUAGAGGAGAAUAAGUAUGUGGAUUAUGUGAGCGAGUUAGCAGGUUCCAAGGCCUUCACGGUUGGUUCAUUAGUUCAGGAGAAACAUCAGGAUGAAGGGCGUUUUGGACUGUUGAUGGAAUGGUUAGGAAAGAAAGAGGAGAAAUCAACGGUGUUAGUUUCUUUUGGGAGUGAAUAUUUUCUUUCCGAAUAUGACAUGCAUCAAGUGGCUAUUGGAUUAGAGAAAAGUAAAGUGAACUUUAUAUGGGUUAUUAGGUUUCCUAAAAUAGUAAGUGAAACGACAUUAGAAGCCCCUAAUAAUCUUCUUCAAGCAGCAUUGCUACAUGGAUUUCUUGAAAGGGUGGGAGAUAGAGGGAGGGUGAUAGAAGGAUGGGCCCCACAAGUAAGAAUUUUAUCACACCCUAGCAUAGGAGGGUUCGUGAGCCAUUGCGGGUGGAACUCUACAUUGGAGAGCAUUGAAUGUGGUGUUCCAAUCAUAGCCAUGCCCAUGCACAUUGACCAACCUUUAAAUGCUAAAUUGAUUGUGAGUAUUUGUGUUGGAAUCGAGGUUGAGAGGGAUGAAUCUGGAAAGUAUCAUGGUGAAGACCUAGCUCGAGCUUGUGAUGAAGUUGUUUUUGGAAAAGCUGCAGAAAAAAUUCGGACAAAUGUCAAAGUAAUGAGUAAAAAUGUAAGGGUUAAAAGUUUGAAAGAGAUGGAUGAGGUUUCUAUUCAACUCGCAAAAAUUUGAUUUUCACAUUAAGACAUCUCAUGUUAGCAUAUCCAUUCCAAUAAAAUUUGCAUGUUUGCUUAUUGAGCCAUGUAAUUGGCUAUAAAAUCCUUUCAUUGUGAAUAUCAACAUCUAUAAUACGUACAUACAAUUUAUGUUCAAUAUAGAUCCUGUCCAGCUGUUAGGAUAGGACCCUCCUGUCAAGCAGGCUAGACAUAAUAUUUUUCAAUAAUUUAUUUGACUAGCUUCUCGCCUUCUCGAUUGAAUUUAACCUGAAGUUUUGUAGACAUAAUUCACACUUCAUAAAGGACAUGCUCACAAAAUUUCAUCAAAACAUUCCACCGGGAACCACCUCAAAUGGCGCAUCCAAGCCAAGUGUCAUGUUUAUGAUUUUGAAUAACGGUUGCGGUCAUUGCGGUUGCUGCCAAUGCGUCCAUUGCGAUGCGUCUUGCGGCCACUACGGCAUGAAAUAUUAUCAAUUUCACACAAGAUAGGACGAUGGUGUUGUGGUGUUGUUGUGGCC